AGAAGGAGAAGAAAGCUGAUGAUAAACCCAUAGGAGAGAAUUCUGAGGAAGACGGCGAAGAUAACAACAAUAACAACAAGCCACUUGAUGAUGAGGAUAUUGACAUUUUAAAGAGCUACGGCCUUGGACCCUAUACCGGGCCGUGCAAGAGGGUUGAGGGAGACAUCAAGGCUUUGGGUGAGAAGAUCAAUAAACUGUGCGGAAUCAAGGAGUCUGAUACCGGCUUGGCCCCACCGAGUGUAUGGGAUUUAGCAGAUGACAAAGUGAAACAAGAGCAACAACAACCAUUGCAAGUCUCGCAGUGCACUAAGAUCCUCAAUCCUGGUACGGAUGAUGCAAAGUAUGUCAUAAAUGUUCGACAAAUUGCUAAGUUUGUUGUUGGCCUCGCACAGCACGUCUCCCCUACUGAUAUUGAGGAGGGUAUGCGGGUUGGAGUAGACCGACAGAAAUACCAAAUCCAAAUACCAUUACCGCCUAAGAUCGAUCCAACUGUGACCAUGAUGACCGUUGAGGAAAAACCCGAUGUUACCUACUCUGAUAUCGGUGGUUGCAAGGAACAGUUGGAGAAGCUACGAGAGGUUGUCGAGAUGCCUCUACUACAACCUGAACGCUUCGUCCAGCUUGGCAUUGACCCUCCUAAGGGAGUCUUAUUGUAUGGUCCCCCAGGCACAGGGAAAACACUCACAGCGAGGGCUGUAGCUAAUCGAACUGACGCUUGCUUUAUCUGUGUAAUCGGUAGUGAAUUGGUUCAGAAGUAUGUGGGAGAGGGUGCAAGGAUGGUACGGGAGCUAUUCACACUUGCUCGUAGUAAGAAGGCAUGCAUAUUGUUUAUUGAUGAGGUUGAUGCGAUUGGUGGGUCUCGUGGUAGUGGUGGUAGUGGAUCGGAGGAUGAUGAAGUGCAGAGAACUAUGCUCGAAAUUGUCAACCAGUUGGAUGGUUUUGAUGCUCGAGGCAAUGUUAAGGUCCUUAUGGCCACCAACAGACCUGAUACUCUCGAUCCAGCACUACUACGGCCUGGUCGACUUGACCGUAAAAUUGAAUUCGCGUUACCGGAUUUAGAUGGUCGUACGCAUAUUUUCAAGAUCCAGGCCCGCAGUAUGAACAUGGAUAGAGACAUUCGUUUUGAGCUCCUGGCAAGGCUGUGUCCUAACUGUACUGGUGCUGAUAUAAGGAGUGUGUGUACGGAGGCGGGGAUGUUUGCCAUUCGAGCGAGGCGGAAAUCUAUUUCUGAGAAGGAUCUGAUUGAGGCGAUUAAUAAGGUUGUGAAGGGAUACGCCAAGUUCUCGGCGACACCAAAGUAA